GAUUAGUUGCAAAUACACUGGAUGUAUUUCUGCUAGCUAGGAAGCAACGUACACAGUGACAGUGUCUGUAAUGUAGAUUCAUUUUUUUUCAAUUUUUCAAAAUUUUUCAAUCGAAAAGAAUUGGUUUAGAAGCAGCUCGUGCAAAAUUUCCUUGCCGUCAGCUCGCUAAUAACAAAGAGAAUUUUUAAUAAAAAAUGAUCUAUUAAAACGAGAUGAAAUUUGAAAAGGAAAGAAUUAAAGUUUUGUACUUAAGAAAGUCCGUGCCGCGUUUAACUACAGCUUUUCCAUAGCGACAAGAAAACAUUAAUUUUUUAUUUGUUUUGCUAUAUAAAGCAAGUGUGCAAGAGUGCCUUUCAAAAGGAGCUCGUGAGUUUUGAAUCAUUAAAUAUGGGACCAAAAAAUGUAUUUGAACGUAGCCUUGUAUUAUUGAUCCUUUUGGUGCAAGGUUUGGUCGGCGCUGAUAAAACUUGCAAUGCGUGUGGUCAGAUACCUUUCCACGUCGAACAGGGAAUUGCAGGCAGAUACUUGGAUGAUGGCCGAAACCUAAAGGUGCAAAGUGUCAACACGCACUCGGAAUGUUUCUCGGAGUGCUCGUUUGACUGCCGUUGUAUGUCGUUCACUGUUUGUGGGAAGUCUUGUUACUUAAAUGCUGGAAGUCGAAAGUUGGCAAAAAAUUCGCUGUUGCUUCGGCCCGGUUGCCGUUACUACGAUUUCCCAGUGUUCGAGCGUAUAUGUGAUUCACUACCCAGUCCGCCAAGAGUUUGCUGCCUUCCUGGAUCGCCGUUGUGUUAUAACGGAGCUACAUGUGUUGUCAACGUCACUGACACCACCAGAAGAUUCGAAUGCAAGUGCCCAACGGGUUUCUAUGGAGAGCAAUGUCAAAUACAAAAUCCUAAAACAUGCAUGGACUAUUGGAAAGACGAAAUCAAACCGAAGUCUGGAAGGUAUACCAUUCGUGCGCAGGGCGAAUCGUUUGAAGUUUAUUGUGAUUUCGACUCCGAAAAAGACAUCGCGUGGACGCUUUUCGAGUCGUUUGAUCUCCAACAUGAGCACCUUCUUAACUACCCGUUUUCACAGAAUCAUGCAAUACACGAAAUUCGUUUCAACUGGGAGCUCUUUCGACUUCCUAAGUCGGUCAUGUCUGGCAUCGCUUCACGUUCGACAUUUUGGAGGGCAACCUGUUCAUACUCUGUGUAUGGCAUUGACUUCAGGGACUACAUAAGGGUGCGUUUAUCGAUUAUGAACCCCCUAGAAUACGAUUUGAAAAAGGAAGCAAGAAAACGUUUACCUGUAGAUUACUUCGACAUAAAAGGCACGAAUUGCGUUAAUUGCACACAAACAUUUAUCCAAAGUAAAAGCGGAAAGCGAAUGCUCCAUAUCGAUCUCCAAUUCAGUCGUCGUAUCCAUAAAUGUAGUUUUGAAAUAUCAAAGGUUCGUCAUCAAUGUGGCGAAGUGCAUGCAAGACUUCUUGGGUUUUAUCACGAAUGUUCAGAUCCUGAACACCGAUGCAGUGAGAAGAUGACGUCCACAACUGAAUAUUGGUUCGGCACUACCAAGAGCGGAACUAAAAAGUAGCCGCAAGG